ACGCUUACAAACAGUGCAGGCAGAGCGACAUUGAAAGCGGUAUCCAUCUCUAUCACAGACAAACCGCAAAUCACGAAAGCCGAGGUUGCAGAGGUUAUCGCGCCUGAAGAGAUUAUACCGGGUGAGAGUGUUACAGUCUCAGUCAUUCUCGUUCCUCACUGGAGUACUGCCGGCGAAGAGCGCACCAUUCAGAGAGACAUCACGCUUGAGAUUCCUGAAGAUUUUCCUGCUGGCGAAGCAAACAUCAACGUUUCUGGAAGCGCAUUCGACUUCGGAGACUUUGGCCCGCCGCCUGGUGCCAUCUUAGAUUUCGGAUUUGGUGGAUUCGGUGACGAAGAGGAAAGACCCGUACCCAAAAAUCUGGAUGAACUGAUUGAACAGAUGCUGGAAGAUCAGGUGGAUCCGGGUCUAAUUACGGUAACCCUUGACACCAUCCUUUGGUGGAGGCUUCCCAGGAUUACCGCCAGACUUGCUACCCCCAGGGGCUUUCCCAUUACCUGAAGGUUUCUUGCCACCAGAAGACGGCGAAAUGCCUGAAGACGGUGAAGGCGAUGGUGAGGAAGACGGCGAUGGUGAUGGUGAAAUACCGGGAGAUUUACCAUUCCCCGAAGGCUUCCCACCGUUAGACGGAUUCCCGUUUCCAGAAGACAUUGGACCCCC